AUGAGAAACAUUGAGGAACUUGAUCUUGAUGAGCUCAUUUGGUCCUUGCAAAAUUAUGAGUUGUCACGAUGGAAGAAAACCAAGAAACAGAAGGAUGUGGUCAAGGAUAAAUCUGAUGCGAGUAUAGCUCUCAUUCAUCAAGAAAACAAGAAACCGGUUUUAGAGGAAUUGAAUGGCAUUACUGACGAGACUGUUGCCUUGUUAAUGAGAAACUAUGCAAAAUUCUUGAAAAAGAACUACAGGAGAAAUUUUCCAGCUGAUAAAGAAAAUGCUCUCAAGAAGAACAAAGCAACUUGGAGUGAUAGUGAAGAAGAAAAGAACUCCAUUGCCAGUGAAAGCACGGAUGAGGAUAAGCAGGUACUAGCUUUCAUGGCCCAAAGCUGUCACUCAAUUGAGUCUGAAGAUGAUGCAACCUCCACUUCAUCAGAAGCUGACAGCGUAGGUAGACAAAAUGCAUAUGAGGAAAUAUUUGCCCAAAGGGAGUACAUGACUAAACAGAUCAGAGGUCUAAAAAGCUCCCUAGAGCAAGUGGAGACUGAAAAAGGCAAGUUAGAGGACAUGGUCAAAAACCUCAACAAACGUCUUGAUGAGAAGGAGAAUGAGAUUUAUAAACUAACUGAUGAUCUGAUUAUAACUAAGCAAGCACUGCAAUUCAUUCCCACAGGCACAGCUGCUAUCAAUCAAACCCUACAACUUCAGAAGCCUUAUGGUGACCGAACCUCCUUAGGUUAUAAGAUGUUGUAUAAACAGGGUAAUAACCUGUCAGUUGAGAAUUCACUCCCCUCAAAUGUCGAUCUGACGAAAAAGGAAGAUGGGUUACCAGACAUCCCAACCACCAUUAACGAAUUAGAUUCCUCUAACAAGAGACAAGUUCCAUCUGGACCCACUAAACUAAAGUUUGAAGGAAGAAGGAUUGAUGUAGGAAAUCUGCCACAAAAUGACAAAUUCAUUCCAACAUGUCAUUUUUGCAACAGGGAAGGUCACAUUCGUCCUAAGUGCUAUAAACUGCAGAACUACUUGAAAGCAAUGAUUAAUUGA